AUACAAUUGCUCAACUUCAGCUAAAAAAUGUUUUGCAUAAAUUAACUGUUCUAGAAUGGAGAUGUUAUCAACCAAUGAUGUACAAACUGCGCUCACAGUAUGUAAAAAGAUAUUAGUUGAGUCAAAGUCAAGGUGUGGACUUUCUAGUAUUGUCUAAUUUUUCUAGAUUUAUUUUUCAUUCAUGUGAUUUGAAAAAGAAAAGUAAAUCUGGAUAGACAGUAAAAAGGAUCAAUUGUGUUCUAGCUAAUCUACUUAAUGUGUUUUUUUAAAUCCAUAUAUAUUUAUAUUUUUGUUCUUUCCACUAAGGUCAUGUUAUAAUUACUUGGAUUUAUUGGCAAAUAUUUUAAACAGCUCGGCUGAUUAGGUGAUUUUGAAUCAUAACAAAUCUUUGCCAAAGCUGUGUGUGUCCAGUCACAGCAUGAUUUAGAGGACAUGGUGGCAGAUUAGUGUAGUGAAGAAGAUUAGGCAGCGCAUACAGCUUAGUUCAAGUGUUAGUUACUGCUCUCUGCUCCCUCAUUCUGCAGCUUGGAUACUCACUUCCACUAACUCCAUGUCUGUUGACCUCGCAAAGCUGAUGAUGUACAGUGUUAAGGUUCAUGACAGGUCUCGGAUCCCUCUGCAGAUUUAUCACAGGAAUUGAGUCCAUCAGUCAUGGGCGCCGUGAGGUUUCACCCUCUGCUGCUGUUUUCCCUAUUUGGAUUCUUCCAGGGAGGAAUUUCCCAGCUGCCUGAAUGGACUGAGGAGGUGGAAGGUAGUGGUAAGACCUGGUAGUAUAAUGUUCACCGUACAGCUUAAUGGAUCCCUAUAUAACAACAAUCACAUUAAUAACAAAAGUAAAACCUCAGGAACCAAAACUGUCAAUGUUGUCCCAUUCUAAUGUUUGAGGAGGUUGAUUCAAAAGUUGUUUUUUUUACUGCAGGAGAGACAGAAUGGAUUCCCCAGCCAGACUUCAUAGAUGACAUAUACUGGUCAGGGUCAGCGCCCCUUUGUUUAGGAGGCUGUAAGGCGCUGCACCAGGAGCUGAGGAGGGACCGCUGUGGAGACUCGAGCUGCUGCUGGCUCGGCUACAAGUCCCUGUGCAAAGUGAACUGCGGGAAGCCAGCCGUGGAUUAUAACGGUGCGGUGUACGGUAACGACUGGUGGGUGGGCUCUGCGGUGAGGUACACCUGUCGCUAUGGCUUCAUGCUGGUGGGAAACCCUACCAGAAUUUGCCAGCCUAAUGGUCUGUGGACGCCGAAACCUUCGUGCCUUCGAAUGUGUCAGCGAGGCAGCGUUGAAAUAAGUGAGAGGGAACUGAAUGGGACCUGCAACUCCACCUGCGCCUAUAAGAGCUACUUCGGCCAUCCCAAACAAGGCUGCAGCCGCAUAGACAACUGCAAGAAGAAGGAGAGCGGCUGGAAGCGUUUCUUUGCACAGUGCGUCCCCUGCAUUUGUGACUGUGCCCUAUCAUGUGCAUCUGCAGGCUAGGGUAUGGAGAAAGCCCAGGGUUGACUGUACGGUGAGACCUCAGACGAAGAAGAAAUCCACACACACACUAUGAUUCUCCAUCUUUAAUCUCUCUGGCACACCCAAUUUCUACUUGAGAGUUUACAAUAUGACAAGAAGAUGGCAGUCAGUCAUUAGGUGGUGAAUUCUGAGCAAAUCAGAGCUGCUGAUCUUAUCUGUGGGAUGGUAGGGUGGCGAGACAAGAAAAGUGAGGGGAAUUAAUGUUCAAACUUUGAACAGUCGUGUCAAACUUGGGUCAAACAAUUAUUUGAUAUUGUUAAAAAAAUUUUUUUAUAAUUACCUUAAGUGCCAGGUUGUGAGGUCUGUUAUCAUAUUAAUGUCAUUUCGGGAGGGCAAAUUAUCAGGAUUUGGGGGUUUAGACAGCACUCAUAAGGAAUUAUCAUUUUAUAUUUAAUCUUUAAUGUCACAAAUUUAACCUCUCGAUUGUAUUGAAUAUACUUUAUUUAAUGUGUGUCUGUAAACAUGCUUGGAAGGUAGAACUAAAGGAGAGAGGGGAGUGAAAUCACAGAGAUUAGUGUCUCAUCUACCUCCUCUCAGUCCAUCUGUCCUGGAGGGAGCUGAAACCUUAAUCUUGUUACAAAGGGAGGAGCUGUGGUCAGAGAUAACACAAGUGCUGUAGAACUCAUAAGCUAUGUGCUAACUAUUUCUGCUGACAGGAAGAAUGCUAUAUGUUUUGAUAUUCAAAUUAUUUUUAAGUGGAUAAAUGGCACACAAAACUUUGUUGUAAAGACAAAUUGUUAUUUUUAUAUAGAUUGAUGGUGUAUAUGUGAAAUGAUG